AUGGCUACCAACAAACGCAGUCCGACACCAGAUCAACCUUCUCUUGAAGAUCCGGACACAGCCGCCGCACGCAAGGAAUUGAGACAAACGGUAAUCUCUGACAAACCCGACUUAUCUAUCAUGUCCGCCGCCAAAGUUGACCCCGCGCCCAACGCCGCCACGAGCGGUGAUAAGCCAUCGGACAAAGAUGCCGCACCCGAUCGCGAGUCUCUUGAGCUUCGUAACAAUAGCUUAAGAAACCAGGUGUCGUCCCCAAAGAAAAAGCGGGCGCGCGAUGAGGUAGACAACCCGAAUGAUACCUCCUCAGAAGGCGAUGUAUCUCCUAUCGGCGCUGAAUCGGCCAUUACUGAGCCCGAGAAGAAACGUCCUCGCGACGUCUCGAGCGAAUAUAAAGUAAAAGCGGAUGCGCUUACUGCUCCAUCCGAUUCCAACGACGGCCCUGAAGCUAAGACGAAUGCCAAGAACGACACGCCAAGUACUGAGAAGCAGGCGGCGGCAAAGGAAAAUAUCGAUGCUGAGAAGGGAAAAAUUACAAGCACAACAUCUAGCUCAGCUUUUAGCAGCUCUGGAAUCGCAGGAUUCGCUUCUCAAACAUCGCCAUUUUUACAGCCCGGCUCCAAGCCCUUAUCUUCUUUCGCUAGUCCAUCUGGCUCACAGUCACCAUUUGGCGCUGCUGCCACAACAUCUACAACAUCUAUAUUCGGCAGUUCCAGCUUGUCUAACGGUACCUCUCCUUUUGGUCAAGUAGGAGGAGCGGCGAAGCCUUUCGGCAGUACCGUCUUCGGCGGAACAUUUGGCGGCAAGUUUGGCGAAUCAAAGUUCACUAGCUUUGGUAAGCCCGGUGAAUCAUUUAAGAGCAGCAAACCGGCUAAGCCAUUCGGAGCACCCGUGAGCGAGGAGGAAGACAAUAAUGGAGAGGAUGGCGGCAACUCUGAAGAUGAGAACAGGGCUGAUAACGAAGAUAAAGAAGCUCAAGAAGAGAAGACUGCGACGGAUGACAAGAAGAAGCCAAAGCUUCAGCGAGUGGUCAUAGACGAUGGUGAGGCUGGUGAAGCUACCAUCCUGCAAGUUCGUGCCAAGAUCUUCCAUCUCGACAAAGCUAGUUCCUCCUGGAAAGAACGGGGCGCUGGAAACCUGAAGAUCAACGUGCCUCUAGCUUGCGUCGACAUUGACGAAGAUACCGGUGCAGCUAUUCCUGGAUCCUUUGAUGCAUCUGCUCUAGACAGUGCCGAUGCCAAGGUCGUUCGUUUGAUCAUGCGGCAAGAUUCUACCCACCGUGUGAUUCUUAACACUGUCAUAAUUCCGGCCAUGCAUUUCCAGGAGAAGUCUACAGCUAAGGCAACUCACGUACUCUUCACGGCUAUAGAAGAUGAGGGCGCUGUUAGCGUUCAAGUAAAGAUGAACACGGCGAAUGCUAAGAGCUUCCUAAACGAGGUCGGAAAGAUACAGCGUGAACUUCAAUCAAAUGACAAAGCAGAGAAUCUUAAUGCUGAUGCAGAGAAACACUUGGGCGACGGAAAGAAGAAUAAUGAAGGGAUUGAUGAUGUGGCUCCCAUGCCGGAGCGGGGGCUACCACGCGCCGAAUCUGAUGAUGGUUCUAAUGAUCAUUUACCCUGGCCAACCCUAAAGGAAUCGAGCUGGGAAGGGUCCGAUGAGGAGGUUUCUAGCAGCUUGGGUCUAGAGAGUGGGCCUUCAUCCGAGGCUUCAAUUAAGCGCAAAGUCGCAGAGUCGGAUGGCCCUAUGACGCGAGGUAGGAAGAAGAGAGUCGAUGCAAUCAUUAAACGGAAGAGGAAGAGGCAACCAUCCGAAGAAGGCAGAGACGAUUUCUUAGAGGAUUCGGAAGAGACCCUUAAGGAAUUAAACACCGAGAAAUCGAGAAAGAACGCAACGCCUCAACGCAAGAAGAAGGCAAAUACGGAUGUUGAGUGCCAAAUUGAAUGGCCGCAGGUAUUCAAGGAUUUGGACAAGACUCAUAGGGCUUUGAACCUAGUCUUCACCUUCUGCUCUACACGCAAGCACAUUGCGACAACUUUUGAUACUAUUCGGUCCUCAGUGGAGUCCAAUACGAAGCGGGAGUUGACAGUCGAGGAUGUCGCGGCUAUCGUGGCACUGCGACCGGAAGGUAUCAAUUUUGCCUACGUGGAUGAGAUAAUGUUGCAUACCGACAUCAAGGGAGCUGAAAGAGACUCUACGUUUAAGACUGGUAAAUCAAGGAAUAUCACAGUUCAAGGUCCUGCCCCGGAUGCCUCCGUUGGCGGAUUUACUGGUUUAGACGAACUUGGUAGUCGACAUCCCGAUGAUUUGCCAUCAAGUGGUCAAGAGGUUCUUUACUUUGAGUUUAUUGACGGUGACCUCAAGAGACAGGUCCAGAGCAAAAAGACAGGGGAACCCAUAAAUCCGAAUAGGAGGCUUCGGGACGAGGACUUGAAAAUGCCAGUUUACAGCCAGAAACAACUGACAACUCUGAUUGAGAAGCGUAAUCAAAAAUUCGCGAAUGCCGUAAUGAUUCGCCAAGAAGCAGAAGCAUAUAUCCCGAUUCCUACUCUGUCAGAAAUCACUACCCCUCAGCCAGAACCUAGCACUAUACCCGCAUCGAUACCCAAGGAGAGGAAGAGCAUUCCUGAAAUCAUACAAGAAAUCAAAGACAGUCCGUGGUAUACUGGUCAAAUUGUGCCGGAUGGACACCGCGUGUUUGACGCUCAGGAUCCCGUUUUCGGGGAGCUUGAUUUUCUACUGAGUCAGGAUAUGGUGAAUGCUCUAUACAAUGCGAAAGGAAUCACCCAGUUCUAUGCUCACCAGACUGAAGCGAUCAAUAAUCUUCACGCGGGCCGUCAUGUUGUCGUCGCAACCUCGACAAGCUCAGGGAAGUCCCUCAUAUACCAGCUUCCUGUCCUACACGCGUUGGAACAGGACCCCAAUACUCGAGCUAUAUACAUCUUUCCAACGAAGGCAUUAGCUCAGGAUCAGAAAAAAAGCUUAAAAGAGAUGCUUGCGUACUUUACGAGGCUGGAAAAUACCCUCGUUGAGACGUUUGACGGAGAUACCCCGAUGCACGAUAGAAAUCAAAUACGUGACGAGGCACGGGUCAUCUUUACUAAUCCGGACAUGCUUCACCUUACGAUUCUCCCUCAAGAAGAUAGAUGGCGAACUUUUCUAAAGUACUUACGCUAUGUUGUCGUUGACGAAUUGCACUACUAUAAUGGCUUGAUGGGCUCGCAUGUUGCAUUCAUCAUGAGGCGGCUUCGACGCAUAUGUGCCGCUGUCGGCAACCGAAAGGUUAAGUUCGUAUCGUGCUCUGCUACCGUGGCAAAUCCGCGAGAGCAUUUUAAGACCAUCUUUGGAAUUGAUGAUGUACAUUUAGUUGAUUUCGACGGGUCGCCAUCUGGGCGCAAAGAGUUUCUCUGCUGGAACACGCCUUAUAAGGACCCCGGCGAUCCAACUAGCGGGCGCGGAAAUGCCAUAGCCGAAUGCGCUCGCUUAUUCUGCCAGCUCAUCCUACGCGGCGUUCGUGUGAUAGCGUUCUGCCGCGUGAGAAAGCAAUGCGAAGAGCUAGUGAAUGCUGCCAGAUACGAAUUAGAAUCAUUGGGUCGGCCAGAAUGCAUGGCACGUGUUAUGGGUUACCGAGGUGGAUACACGGCACAAGACCGUCGACAGAUUGAGAGCGAAAUGUUCGAGGGCAAGCUCAUGGGAAUCAUUGCUACUACUGCCUUGGAACUAGGUGUCGAUAUUGGUACCUUAGACUGUGUCAUUACACUAGGAUUCCCAUACACGAUUUCAAAUCUGAGGCAGCAGAGUGGGAGAGCUGGUAGGAGAAACAAAGAUUCUCUGUCUGUGCUGGUGGGUGAUUGCUUCCCAACCGAUCAGCACUACAUGCAGAAUCCCGAUGAACUUUUCACGAAGCCCAACUGCGAACUUCAAGUUGAUUUAAGCAACAUGCUUGUCUUGGAGGGUCAUUUACAGUGCGCAGCAUAUGAGAUGCCGAUCAAGCCCGUCGACGAUGCUAUCUAUUUUGCGAAAGACCUGGCGAAGAUCGCAGAAGAGCGCCUUAUUAAAGACGAGCUCGGGUACUACCAUUGCCAUGACAGAUUUAGACCGAUGCCAUCAAGGUUUGUUGCGAUUAGAGAUACCGAGGAGGAUCAUUUCGCAAUAGUUGAUAUAUCACAUGGGAGGAACGUGGUACUUGAGGAAUUAGAAGCAUCGAGGGCCUUCUUUACUAUAUAUGAUGGCGCGAUAUUUUUACAUCAGGGCAACUCGUACCUGGUACGCGAUUUCCAACCAGAUAGAAAGAUUGCCAAGGUAGAAAAGGUCAAGGUGGAAUGGACCACGGAACAGCGAGACUUCACCGACGUGGACCCUGUGGAAACAGAGGCGAUGCGUAAAAUCCCGGGCUCGCUCUCGCGCGCCUUUCACGGCUCAAUACGCAUUACCCAGAACGUCUUUGGCUACUUCAAAGUAGAUAGGAAGCGCCGCAUCCUCGACGCCGUACAAGUCGAUAACCCUCCCAUCAUCCGACAUAGCAAAGGCAUGUGGCUCGACGUUCCGAAGCGUGCCCUCGAGAUCCUCGUCGACCGACGUCUCCACGUGGCGGGCGCUAUUCACGCUGCCGAGCAUGCUAUCAUGAGCCUGAUGCCUAACUUCGUCAUAAGCAUGCCGGAUGACGUCCGGACGGAAUGCAAAUCGGGGCUAAAGGAGUUCGCGCGGAAGGAAACUUCGCGGAAGAGGCCUGCUCGGCUGACGUUCUACGACGCGAAGGGCGGCGCCAACGGAACCGGCAUUAGCACUAAGGCGUUCGAGUUCAUCGACAUGCUACUCGUACAGGCUCUAGAACGGGUCCAGCACUGCCGUUGUCAGACAGGGUGUCCUGAGUGCGUGUGCUCGGAGUUCUGUAAGGAGGCUAAUGAGGUUAUGAGUAAGGCUGGUAGCGCGGUUAUAAUUAAGGCGUUAUUAAAUAUGGAAAUCGAUGUUGAGGCCCUGCCUAUGGGACCGGAGGAUACGAGCCCGGUUGGCAUCGAGACGGUGGUUUUGGCUAAGCCGGUGCCUUCGAGGGGCCGGAGGUUUGAUUACGAGGAAAUUAAGAUAGAGGAGGAUGAUCAGGAGGUUGUCGUUGUUGAUUAG